AUGUUUAUGUCCAGAGGAUCUGCCGACCUGGAGCAACUGGCGGAGCAGAUCCAAACCACGCAGAAGCUGAUCCGGAAUCCAGAAACAGACUGGACGGAGCGCUCGCUUGUAAUCACAAAGCUCGCAGAGGCCAUCGAAGCACUGGGCAAGGAGGCAGGAGGAUACUCGGACGCGGUGCAGCUGUUGCUGGGGCUCUCGAGUGAACUAGGGGCCCUACUUGAGGCAAGUGGACAAAGGUUGAUCAUGGACGUCUGUGAGAACCUGCGACGGAUCGUUGAGGUCAUGGGAAGAGACUUUGGGGCAAUGGCGAACGCGCUGUUGCCCCAAAUUAUCAACCUGAGCCGAAACACGUUACCGGCCACCCGUCAACUGGGAGCUGAGCUUUUGCAGAAAUUGUCGGAACUGGUUCGGUACGACUUGACGCUGCUGAAAACUAUAUUUAUGCGAUCGAACCAAGACCGACCUCGUGUGCUGAUCUUAAAGCAGUUGCAAAAAAUUCUUGUGUACUGGUCGGAAGAUGAAGUGCUGCCGUGGAAGGAGGACGUACUCGAGACCGUACAACACGGACUAUCAGAUCAGCACGAGAACGUGCGAGAGGUAGCACGCGAAACUCUCGUACAAUUAUCGUCGAGAUGGAGCGAUCAAGUGGACGUAGUAGUGGAGACGCUGUCGAAGCAGACUAAAAUGUUGCUGCUUCGUAGGCAUCAAGGCACUCCAUUGGCUACGGCUAUCGAGAGAAAACACCCGGACCUAGCAGCUAUACCUGUUACGCACUCGAGGAAAAGAGCUUUGUUGCGCUCAGGCGCUCGAAAAUUUUCUUCGAACAAGCGUCACAAAGAGACAUAG